AUGAAUGGAUCAGGUCCCAAAUCACAAGUGAAUAGCUCGCUUAAUUUUAUAAAAGAGCACCAUUUCAAGGAUACCUUUGCAUUGCUAGUGGUGUUUUUGAGCUUCAACCAUUUUGCGUCCUUAUGUCUUUUGGCGCUUUUCAUCGUCACAACCAGAUCGCGGAACUUUUUGGCCAGCUGUUUUAUUCGGCUAUUUCUCUCAAAACAACAGUAUAAGGAGCGUGUUGACUGCCGUACAACGCUAGCCGGCAAGUCUGCAAAUGCAAACGGAGAUUCGUCUCUGCUGGUCACAGACCAAGAAGUGGGCCAAGAUACUCUACUACCGUCCGCCGAUGAGUCUGCUACAAGAUUUAUCAAGCGGAAAUGUGCAUUUUUCAAAAUAUCACCACUGUUGGUGAUCGAACUGAUUGUUGCGGGACUUCUGAGAACAUACGCCAAGCAGUAUUUCACCCGCCCAAUCGAAAAUUUGGCAAUGUCUAUAAUUGCAUCGUCGUUGAUCAACGACCCAAGAGAUUGCCUUAGCUACGCCACCUCAUGUUCCAUCCUCUACGGACUAUUGGUUAGCCUUUGGCACAGAGCCACAUUGUUCAUGGACUUUGAGGUUCUACCUUUUUAUGCGAACUCGACUUUUCCCCUGCAUCAAUGGUAUCAUAAAGCCUUGACUAUACCAGUCUUUGUUAAUACAAUGCCGCAUUUGUGGAGAAUAGUAAGCUGUUUCAGCAAAUAUUCGGGGCUGUGCCGCUACCUGGCUUCCUUCCACAUCGUACUUGCACAAUUCUAUCAAAAUAUGACGGAUCCUUAUUACUUUCGAAAAAAUGUUAAACAAUCUUCUGCUUCAGAAACACCUGCAACGGUCUCGUUGAGCCCAAAUAACUCUUCCAAUGUAUCAGUGCCUCUUUCCAACAUGACCUCAACUAACGGAUCGGGCAUUAGUGCGUCACAUCCUAGUGGCCCUCCACUUCUGUCCGUACCAAAUCCCGUUGCUCAAAAGGCUGCGUUCAGUGAUGUGGUAUCGGAGUACAACAUCUCCGAGCUGCCAAUGAACUCGCCAUCUGAAAGUAAUAAACAGACCAUUGCGACGAAUGUUACGACGUCUCAACCAAGCUCCACCCAAAACAAGACUACCUACACGAAUCAGUUUUUCACAAUUGACAUGAAACUUGGUAGCAAGACGCCAAGUGAGGAAAAUCUCGAUGAUUACUUCAUUACUUCAUCUAAUUUAGAGAACUUUAUUCAGCAAUUGUUCAGAUGGAAGAACCACCAUUUGAUUCCGCCUUUAUGGUCGAUAUUUACUACCAUCAAGACUAUGACUUUGGAGAAGAGAAACGUACGAAACUUUGAUCCCGGGUCUUCCCCAUCGCACACAGAAGACGCUGAAGACGCUGAAGACUCUCAAACAAUCAAACCAACCAUUUCCAAUCCUCUUAUCAAGGGAAGCGUUUUCACAGGCCCUGGCGCAAGCGAAUGUAUGACACUGAUAGCUCCAGCUGCAGACGAUUACAAUCAGUUGCAUCUUGUUCCACACAAUCAAGCCACUGCUUAUAAGGUUUGCAUCAGCGACACAGGUCCCACUCAGAUUACCUUCCGUAUCACCAAUUUGUUUGAAGGUGAGCUUAUUGUUCUGGUCAAUGGCGUUAUAUGGUCUCAAGUUCUGUCGGCUAUCAUCUCUGAAAAGUUGGGCGAGGAGUACACCGUUGUUAGUGGAUUGGUUCCAUCGUGCUCUUACGACAUCCAGUUUGUCAACCGCUUCAACGAAGGAGAGGAUUACUUGGUUGCUGAUUUAAUGGUUCGCACUAGUGCGAAGGAAGGAGAAACCAAAGAGUUGCUGGAUUUCAGUUUUCCUUCCUACUAUCAUCGGAAGUUUCUCUCUCCUUUGCUCACUCUCAAGCACUCCGUCUUGACGACCAAUACUAACCUUGCCGAAGAGCGGGCCAAAUUACGGAAGACGAAGAAAGAGAUUUCUAAGAAAUUGAGCUCCCUCAGACAGGAAAGCGACCAUUUGAAAUCCAAGAUCGCCCAGAAUGCUAGUCAGGAUGAAAAAAGCGCUUUCAAGAUGGAUAACUUGAAGACUUUGUUGCAACAAAGCGAGUCCCAGCUUUCAGUUCUGGAAGACAAUUUGAAGCAAGUUUCGACCCAGGAGCUCGAGAUAGAGCAGGUGCAUUUACAGCGGAAAGACCAACAUCUGCAAACACAAAUGGAAUUCGGCAAGUUACAGUCAGCUCUCACGAAAGAGAGAGACGAGCUUUCCACAAAGCUCGCCAAGCUGGAGCAGGAAUUAUGCCAGUUGAGAAGCAAGCGCGAAAAAGUGAACGUGAAACAAGAAAAGCUUAAAAAAGAGGUUACGCAAUAUGCCGAGGACAUUGACAAUUUCAGAGCCCAAUUUUUGUCGCAGCGCCAAGCCGAGCGUCGUCGUCGCGAAGAACUUCGCAACAUCGAGGCCAACGAGAGCGAGCUAUCAAUCAAGGGACUGGAGCAGGACAUUAGCAGGCUCGAGGGUGAAAACGAGGCCAUGAACAACAUGCUACGUAGUUUUUGA